AUGGUCGAUUUCCAUUAUUUAAAACACCGGGCCCAGUUCUUUAUCCAGGAUGGUAGUGCUGUCUCUGCAUUGAAGGAUAUCAACCACAAGAUUUGUGAUGAGGAAAAUAAAAAGACCUACUCUUCUUCCCCCAACCCCCAACUUCCCUAUAUCAUGACAGACUCAGUGGCUCUCAACUACCUUUCUCUGCAGCUGACCAUGAGAAAAUGCUAUGAUAUUGUCCAAAAAUGUCUUGACUUCCAUAAACUUCGUUUUGACCCAGAGUUGGUGGACCAUGAUAUUGCUAUAAUACUGAAUUGAAGAAACUGCAUAUCUGCCACCCUGCAGAUCAUCAAAGAGAAUUUCUCCAAGAUAAGGCCUUAUCUUUUGUCCUUGAACUUGUGCAAGAACAAACUGUAUCAGCUGGUUGGCCUGUCUGACAUUAUACAGAUAGUCCCCACAGUCAAGAUCUUGAACCUGUCCAAAAAUGAGUCAGCCUGGGAGUUAAGCAAGAUGAAAGGGCUGAAGCUUGAAGAGCUGUGACUAAAAGGGAACACCUUAUACAGCACAAACCAGUCCACCUAUAUAAGUGCCAUCAGGGAUUGUUUCCCCACAUUGUUAUGUCUGGAUGGCCAGGAGUCACCUUCACCAACCAGCGUUGGUAUUGCAGCCCACAAGAGGUUACCAACCUGCAAGGGAAGCUUCUUUGGAUCUGAUGCGCUGAAGAGUCUGGUCCUGCAAUUCCUGCAGCAGUACUACUUGAUCUAUGACUCUGGAGAUCGUCAGGGUCUCCUUGGUGCUUACCACGAUGAGGCCUGCUUCUCCCUGACCAUUCCCUUCAACCCCAAGGAGCAAGCCCCAAGCAGCUUGUGCAAGUACCUCAAAGAAAGCAGGAACAUGAAGAAGGUCCAGGACCCCUACCUGCGUGUUCAGCUGCUGAAGCAUACAAAACAUGACAUUGUGCACUCCCUCUGUGUGCUGCCCAAAACUCAGCAUGACCUCAGCUCCUUUGUGGUGGACAUAUGGUGCCAGACGGACUUGAUGCUCUGCUUCUCUGUCAACGGAGUGUUCAAGGAAGUGGAACGAAUGUCUCAGGAUUCUGUUCGUGCCUUUACCCGGACCUUCAUCGCUAGCCCUGUCAGCAAUUGCAGUCUAUGCAUCAUGAAUGAUACUCUGCUUGUGGAUAUCAUCAGCCCUAAGGAUACCCAGAGCACAUUCUCUAUCCUAGUUCCCACUCCCUCCUGCAGGUACUCGACCACCUUUUCCCAGAAGCAGCAGGGAAUGGCUCAGUCUUUCACCACACAGUCUGGGAUGAACCUCCAACAAUCUCAUAACCAAGGUAAGGUUCAGGAAUUCAAGCCAAGUGAGCAGAAAUUGGGUGGCCUGGUGAUGAGACUCAGGGUUCCUGGCUCUGCUGAUCUCCCAACUCCCCUUCCUCACUUCCACCAGGUCAAGCAUAAGAUCCUGGAGGAGGUCAUCAUACAGACUGAUCCAGGAUCCUGA